GGGGAAGCACUACGCUUGGCCCAACAUGAACUCCUACGUGCACAUCAAAGUCGGCAAACAAAUGCAGAAGACAAAAAUCAGGCACAACACGGGAUCUCCAUACUACAACGAAUACUUCGUGUUCGAGUUUAAAACGAACCUGCAAGUUCUCAACGAUAAAACGAUAACGUUAACAGUGUUUCGUCCGAAGCAUAUUUUCAGAAGGAAGAAAAUCCUCGGCUACAUCACCAUGGACAUAGCAACUGUUUGGAAUCAACCAGAUCACCAAUUCUAUAGAAAGUGGGCGAUUCUGAGCACUCCGAAAUCGAAUUUCGCCGGGCCGCGCGGUUACCUAAAAGUCACCAUAACGAUCUUAACCAAAGGACAGAUUCCCAAAAUUCCAAUCAUCAAUCCUUUGGAAGAGGACGAUAUUGAAACCAAUCUUUUGUUACCUGAAGGAGUUACGAUGGAGAGACGCAGAGCUUUAUUCGUGUUUAAAGUGUACAAAGCCAUCGAUGUUACCAGGAAGACGAGUCAAAUGCCCGUUGUUAAUGAGGACGAUCAAGAUCGCGAUAGAAGGAAUAGAAGAGAUUAUCCUAACGUGUAUUUUAAGGUGACGUUCGCCGGGCUCACGGCUAAAACCAGCGUCAAACGAAGAACAUCGCAUCCCAAGUGGAACGAGAGUUUAACAAUAGCCGAGAUGUAUCCAGCUUUGUGCCAGAAGAUUAAACUGGAACUUUGUUAUAAACUGCAUAUGAGGAAACGCGUCAAAUGCGUUAAAUAUCUUCAACUCACGUCGAUAUCCAGCGAUAAAGAUGACGGUUUCCUUCCCACUUUCGGUCCUGCCUACAUUUACUUUUACAGGAAAACGGUGGCGGGAGAAGAGUUCGCUGGGAAAGUUCUUCUCUCGCUGGAAACUAAGAUAUUCACCGAUAUACAAAGCAAAACGAGAUGCGUCUUCAAGGAAUCAAUUCCUCCAAUCUUAGAAACAAGCCUUUGGAAUUUUGAAGAUAUUUUGGUUUUCAUAGCCAUCAUCAACGUGUCCGCAAUACACGUACAUUAUCUUCCGAAACCCAUCUCCUUCGAACUGGGCUUCGGUCGCACGAAGGCAAUAGAAUUGGCGAACGGAAACCUUCUCUUACCUAAAUAUUACACGAGGCGCUACAAUCCGAAGACUUUGGACUCGAAUUUCUGGCAUAUAGAUUUCGACAAUUCGUUUCCUUGCCUCCACAAAGUAGCGUACUAUCCAAACUUGCGGAGGCGGCUGUACAUAGCAAACAUCAUCGGAACCAUCGCCUACAAUUUGAAGCAGAGGAUCUCCGAGCUCGAUUACCUCUUCAGGCACAAUCAAGGCAAGAGCGAAAUGAUUGGAGAUAAAUUGCUAGAGUUUUGCGCGUACACCUCGGAAUCUUGUAAAAAGUGCAUGGAUUUAGUGCAAAACGCCAUUUCGAUUUGCGUCACAAAUUUGGAUACGGAAAAGGGGAAAUAUUGCGUACGAGAACUCGCGGAUAUAGAGGAGAUGUGUCAGAAGAUUUACAAUCCGAGAAGCAAGAAGAAUUCUUUCGCUAGAGCGCAAAGAAUUUACGAAAGAAUACGAUUACUCGUGGAUCACCCACAAGAAACGUUGCCAGAUGUUCUGCUGUGGAUGAGGUUUGAGAACGAGAAAGUUUCUUGCUUGAAAUUUGCGGCUAAAGAUUUGAUUUACUCUUCUACGCCGGAUGAGGCCGGGAGGUAUUGCGGAAAGAUCAGCACUUUAUAUUUUAAAAGAAAGAAAUUCAACAAGUCCAAAUCGCCUGUAGUCUGCAAAAGCGAUUUGUAUCUUUGGUUAGGAUUGAAGAAGGAUUCUCAAGAGUGUUUGAAGCUUCUACCGCCCGGUUUCGAGUACAACAACGUCGACGAAAUACCCGAUUUCCUUUCCUUGAAAGAAUCAAUUAUUUUCCAAUGCAGAGUGCACAUUUAUCAAGGGAGAUUUGGAUUGGCUUAUGAUUACACUGGUUUAUCGGAUUUCUUCGUAACUGUUAUCGUUGGAGAAAGGUGCAAAAGGACUAAAGUUCGUCACGCAACUUUGAAUCCCAUUUGGAAUGAGACUUUGAUCUUUAGACACGUGGUGGCUUACGGAAAGAGGGAGCAAAUCGCGCAGAAACCUCCACCCAUCAUCGUUGAAAUCACCGACCAAGAUAAAUGUUGCCAAACUGAACACGUCGGAAGAUGCGAGCUGAUUCCUGUCAUCAAAUUCAAGAACACGGUUUAUGGUCCACCGGAUUUUCCUCCCAGAUUAGCUUGGCGCGACAUCCACAACGAGAACAUCAUUGUCGGAGAUAUGUUGGCUUCUGCAGAACUGUUGGAGGUGACAGAAGGAGUUAAAGAGGAGGACGAUCUGAACGACGAUAACAUCCCCGUCGCCGACGAUAUUAGACCGAAACUCGAGAAUUAUCGCCUGGAGGUGCACUUCUGGGGAUUGAGAGAUCUCCAUAAGGUACAGCACUUAUCAGUGAUGAAACCCAAAGUGCUGAUUGAAUGCGGAGAAGAGAAGCUGUGGUCCGAUAAUGUAUCGCACAAUCUCAACUUUGUAAAUCCCAUCAAGUGCAUAGAUAUUAAAUUGCCCAAUUACGAAGAAUUCCUUCCGCCGUUGAGCAUCAAGCUCUUGGAUAUGCGGGCUUUCGGUAAUCUGAAGUACAUUGGAAAUCAUUCUACGCACAUACAAGAAUUUGUCUUUCAUCCGAUCAUCAGGAACGAUUGGGAGAAGCAGCUGGCUGGUUUCGGUCUAAAAUCUUACGAGAGUCUAAGAAGUCACAAAGACUCUUUCUACGUGGAUAUGAAUAUGGAUGAGAAGAAGGAGCAUAAACUGACGUUGAAUGUCUUUGAUGAGCAGAAGAAAGAGCAUCCGAAAUGUUGUUGCCUCGGUCGGUGCGUGAUUAGAUGCAUGCAUUUGCUGGGUAAACGAAAUAAGAUUGUUAAGGAAGUUGUAGAAGAUGAUGAUGAAUCUGAAGAAGAUAACGUGGAUUGGUGGACAAAAUAUUAUGCUUCUCUCGAUGGAACUGCCGAGGAAAGUACGGUACAUCAUGUGAAGAAUCCCAAUUUCAAAUUAAAGAUCUAUAAUGAUGAAUUGGAAAACCAAGCAGAUUUCCGUGGAUUCACGGACAUUGUGGGCAAAUUCAAGUUGUACAGAGGUAAAACCACUGGCGAUGAUGUUGAAGAUGAGUCGUUCGUGAUUGGGACGUUGAAGUGCAAGAUCAGCGUCUACGCCUGGCCACCAGUCGACGAGCUGCACUACGUGACCCCAUCAGGAUUCUCCCUGGAGGAUGGUUUCUUCCAAGGUUAUCCGAACAACGGAUCUCUGGAUUUCGUCGUCAGAGUUUACUGCGUUCGAGGCAUCAAACUCACCCCCAAAGAUUUAGCAGGAAAGUGCGAUGCGUACGUCGUGAUUCGGAUGGACCAGUCCGUCAUAAACGACUCGAAGAAUUACGUGCCGAAGAACGUGAACCCCACGUUCGGCAGAUGUUUCGAGUUUUCUGGAAGUUUUCCCAAGGAUCAUUCUUUGACUUUAUCCGUUUGGGAUUGGGAUAGAUCGAGUAGAAGGGAUUUGAUAGGAGAGACGAGGAUUGAUUUGGAGAAUCGAGUGUACACGGCGCACAGGGCUAAUUGCGGUUUACAAUUUGAAUACAAAGAGUUCGCGGAUGGUCCAUGCCCUUGGAGGGAUCAGCAGAGACCAACGGAAAUUUUGGAAAAGCUCUGCUUGACUCACAGUCUACCUCCACCUGAAUACUCGCCCGAAUCUGUUCGAAUUGGGAGCGUGGAGUUUACUGCACCAAUUGCAGUUGGUGAUGAUAAGAGAUCGAGUUUGAAGGAGAAUGUGGCUUUAAAUGCUUUGCACAAUUGGAACCGUAUUCCUGUUGCCGGUUGCCACCUGGUGCCUGAGCACGUGGAGACGAGGUCCCUCUACAAUCCGUCGAAGCCUGGUCUCGAGCAGGGCAAAAUCCAAUUAUGGAUCGAUGUGUUUCCUCUGACCGAAGAUCGACCCGUACCAGACAUGGUGAACAUCAAGCCGAGGAAGCCGGUAUCGUACGAGCUGCGCGUGACCAUCUGGAAUACCGAAGAGGUGGUUCUCAAUGAAGACGACUUCUUCGGCGACAAGAAGAGCGAUAUUUAUGUGAAGGGAUGGUUGGGUAGGCCGGAUAAGCCGCAGCAGACUGAUACGCAUUAUCGAUCAUUGAACGGCGAAGGCAACUUCAAUUGGCGAUUCGUUUUCCCCUUCGAUUAUCUUUCCACCGAGAACAAGGCGAUUCAGAUGAAGAAGGAGAACGCGUUCGAUAUCGACUUGACGGAGCUGAAGAUUCCCUGCAGAUUGGUGCUGCAGGUUUGGGACAACGACAUCUUCUCCAAGGACGAUUUCCUAGGAACGUUGACUUUGGAGUUGAACAGAUUUCCGCGCGGAGCGAAAUUGGUCAAAGAUUGCACGUUGAAAAUGCUGGGUACGAAUGCUCCUAAAAUCAAUUUAUUCAAGACGCGAAGAACUAGGGGCUGGUGGCCCUUCAUUGGUCCUUCGUUGGAUAGUAAACAGAUUUUGACUGUGAGAACUUUGAUCCGUAAAAACAAAAUUGAAAACUUAUUGUUUUUCAAGGGAAAGUUGGAUGUCGAAUUGGAAUUGGUGACUGCGGAGGAAGCAGCAGCAAAUCCUGUAGGUUUGGGCAGAUCUAAACCUUCACCACUUGCUCCACCUAAGCGACCUGAGACUUCGUUCGCUUGGUUCUCCAAUCCACUGAAGACUUGCCGCUUCAUCGUGUGGAAGAAUCUGAAGUACAAGAUCCUGAAAGUCUUUCUAAUCCUCGUGCUGCUCGUCUUCAUUGGAGUUGCGAUCUACUCCUUUCCCGGAUAUUCGGUGAAGAAGUUGCUGCACGCGUGACCUCUAUCUCG